GAAGAGAACCACCACAGAACCUGGACUGAAGAGACUCACCACAGAACCUGGAUGAAGAGCUUCAGCACCAAACUAAAGCUAGGAUUUACACCUCUAUUCUCCCGCUAUCAUACUGCUGUCAUAUCUAGAAGGCUUUCCAGAUAAUGAGCUUUAACGUUUUAGAAAAUCAUGUCAUUAUUUUUAUUUUCUUGCAAAGUUAAGGAAAGGGAAACUCUCCUCUCAACCUUGUCUUAUCACUCCAAAGGGAAACUCUCCUCUCAACCUUGUCUUAUCACUCCAAAGGGAAACUCUCCUCUCAACCUUGUCUUAUCACUCCAAAGGGAAACUCUCCUCUCAACCUUGUCUUAUCACUCCAAAGGGAAACUCUCCUCUCAACCUUGUCUUAUCACUCCAAAGGGAAACUCUCCUCUCAACCUUGUCUUAUCACUCCAAAGGGAAACUCUCCUCUCAACCUUGUCUUAUCACUCCAAAGGGAAACUCUCCUCUCAAACCUUGUCUUAUCACUCCAAAGGGAAACUCUCCUCUCAACCUUGUCUUAUCACUCCAAAGGGAAACUCUCCUCUCAACCUUGUCUUAUCACUCCAAAGGGAAACUCUCCUCUCAACCUUGUCUUAUCACUCCAAAGGGAAACUCUCCUCUCAACCUUGUCUUAUCACUCCAAAGGGAAACUCUCCUCUCAACCUUGUCUUAUCACUCCAAAGGGAAACUCUCCUCUCAACCUUGUCUUAUCACUCCAAAGGGAAACUCUCCUCUCAACCUUGUCUUAUCACUCCAAAGGGAAACUCUCCUCUCAACCUUGUCUUAUCACUCCAAAGGGAAACUCUCCUCUCAACCUUGUCUUAUCACUCCAAAGGGAAACUCUCCUCUCAACCUUGUCUUAUCACUCCAAAGGGAAACUCUCCUCUCAACCUUGUCUUAUCACUCCAAAGGGAAACUCUCCUCUCAACCUUGUCUUAUCACUCCAAAGGGAAACUCUCCUCUCAACCUUGUCUUAUCACUCCAAAGGGAAACUCUCCUCUCAACCUUGUCUUAUCACUCCAAAGGGAAACUCUCCUCUCAACCUUGUCUUAUCACUCCAAAGGGAAACUCUCCUCUCAAACCUUGUCUUAUCACUCCAAAGGGAAACUCUCCUCUCAACCUUGUCUUAUCACUCCAAAGGGAAACUCUCCUCUCAACCUUGUCUUAUCACUCCAAAGGGAAACUCUCCUCUCAACCUUGUCUUAUCACUCCAAAGGGAAACUCUCCUCUCAACCUUGUCUUAUCACUCCAAAGGGAAACUCUCCUCUCAACCUUGUCUUAUCACUCCAAAGGGAAACUCUCCUCUCAACCUUGUCUUAUCACUCCAAAGGGAAACUCUCCUCUCAACCUUGUCUUAUCACUCCAAAGGGAAACUCUCCUCUCAACCUUGUCUUAUCACUCCAAAGGGAAACUCUCCUCUCAACCUUGUCUUAUCACUCCAAAGGGAAACUCUUCUCUCAACCUUGUCUUAUCACUCCAUUCCUCGUCAAUUGUACAACUGAAUGCAUUCAACUGAAAUGUGUCUUCCGCAUUUAACCCAACCCCUCUGAAUCAGAGCGAUGCGGGGGGCUGCCAUAAUCGACAUCCUCAUCUUCGGUGCCCGGUGAACAAUGGGUUAACUGCCUUGCACAGGGGCAGUAAGACAUAUUUAUGUAAUUAUGCUUAUUGGUGACAUGUCAAGUGUUUCCGAAGCUUUAACUUCUGAGUAAAUGCUGGAGUUGAAUUCUCUUUCCUUGUAAUGAUAAUUGUGUAUAUUGAUGAGAAAUAAGAUCGAUUAUGUUUCUGCUCUUUUUCAAUGAGAUUUGACCAUUUGUAGAUUCUCUGUAACACAUAUCGCUUUUCUGUUUACUCUCUGUAGAUGAAUAUUAUGUUUCUGCUGUUUUUCUUUGGGAUUUGUCUUUUCCAGAUUUUUAUAACAAAAAUAGGCCGACAUUUCUCAGUGACUAAUAUUGAUAACAGCUUUUUAUUACUUCUAGCUCUUGGACCAGGUUUCUCCUUGUCACGUUCUGACCUUUGUUUUUGUUUUUGUUUUAGUAUGGUCAGGGGGGCGUGAGUUGGGUGGGCAGUCUGUUUGUUUUUCUAUGUUGGGUUUUGAGUUCGGCCUAGUAUUGUUCUCAAUCAGAGGGAGCUGUCCAUUGUUGUCCCUGAUUGAGAAUCAUACUUAGGUAGCCUGGGUUUCACUUUUGGUUUGUGGGUGUUUGUUUUCCGUGUGAGUGUUUGGUCCACACGGUACUGUUUCGGUUUUCGUUAUUUCACAUUUAUUGUUUUGUAUUUCGUAGUGUUCAGUUUACGUCUUAAAAUAAACAUUAUGGAC